AUGUUGGUUGAUUCAAUAACCGACGAAAUAAGUUUAAGGAAUAUCCUACCUAAAGAUUUCAGUGCAUUUGUACUCAUGAAGUCGGCGUCUAGAUUCCAUUUGGAGGAUUUGCGUGUAUCAGUCAAUCUAUGCUUCAUCACUUCAAACAACUCUUUCAACAAUAGAUUUUCAGAUUGUUUGAAAGAAAACUACAAAGAAAUGGCCAACUUUUUAGGAAGCACAGUAAGUACGACUGUGGAAGCGUUGAUGAAGGAGUCGCCAAUUGAAGAGUUGAAGGUAAUGACUAAUAGAUUCAUCGGUCUUGUCAGUCUAAAGAGUCAACAAAACAUUUUUAGUACGUACAAGUACGACUUUAUAACGCUGUCAUGUAUGACAGUCGCAGCAAUCAUAAGUCUUAUUUUAACUUUUUCUCUAGCAACCACGUCAGCAGUCAUAUUAGUUUCUGUCUGCGCAUCAAUAGCAUUGUUCGUUCAGAGUGUUCAUUACGCCAUCAUUAUCUUAUGCAUGACGGUUGCAAUUUUCAUACUGGCAGCACUUUCUGGUUUCUUCACUAAAAAUGUUACUGUUGAAGGGUUCCUGAUAUUCAUUUCGAUAGCCGCUGGGUUGGUUGUAAUCGGAUUGAUCGUUUUUUCAUUAGAAUUUCUCCUUCCUCAAUUGAUGAUUGUAGUUGGUGUUUGCUGGAGUCUCGCAAUGUUUAUUGUGAUCUUCAUUACCAUUAAGCUACGAGAACUUUACCUGGACAAAACGCUUGCAUCAGCUUUGUUCAUGGCGUAUGCUUUAUGGUUACAGAAGACAAUAGAACCAACUACAGCAGCGACCUCAGUACUUUCAUCACAUUAUAUUGACUUUCAUAUUAACAAACACAAUUCUAACUAA